CCUGCGUAAUCGCUCGUAGAGCAUCAUCAGUCCUCUCACAUCUGUCUCCAUCUCACUGCCUCAGCAUCUGCACAACAUCCAACAACUUCAGGUUUCCCGCCCUCCACCUCCUGAGGGAUCCCUCGUCGUUCUUCAACCACGUCAUAUCCCUCACAGUUUCUUAUCUCAAAUGGUGUCGAAGAUGGGACGUGGGGCAUUAAGAGUCAGACUGGAGAGUCUGGUGAUGCUGUUGCUCAUCCAAGUUUGCGUGGCUCCUAUUCCACCACAAGUCGCUUAUUUCAACAGCCUCAGGGAGCGAUGUGAAGACGCCGACUGCACUCGGCGAGUCUACAUGUGCCAGAGCGACCAAAUCAGCCAGGCCUACAACCCCAAGUUGAUGGAGUUCAAGAAAGACUGCGUCGAUAAUCACGCUGAUCAGGACCCUGUCACCUGUGCUCACCUUCAGUUUGGAGACUAUAACAGUGACGGAACGCUGCGUUCAGAGGUCCUGCAGGAGCAUUUCGAGGCAGCCUUCAGCAAGGAUCCCCAACUACUGCAGAGCCUCGCCUCCCGCAUCGAACUCUGCGACAAGAACUUUCCGGCCCAAGUCUUCCUGGACUGUGUGUUGGAGGGCUGCGCAACGAACUAACAAAUGCGUUCCAUUUGUACGAAGACGGAGAUCCUGUGUGUCCAGCAUCAAUCAUUUUUGCGGAGCAGUCUUCCACAACUGAACUUUUUUGAACCACUCUAUCCUUGAUGAGAGAUUCGUGAAAUCUCGCCUGAAAAAAACGUUCAUCCAGAGCUUUCGGGCUGAGCUUUAGACAAUAAAAGUUUUAAGAUGAGGUAAUCCUCACUCUCCAAAUAGACAUUUAUCUCCUUGAAGUUGCUCACAACACAGUUUCCCUUAUUUUUCAUUUUGCCUAAUGAAAUUAGGUAGAUGUGGUACUUAUUUCAAGUUUAGCACAGGAUUUCCAUAUUUAGAUUACAUAUGAGAGAGAGAGAGAGAGAGAGAGAGAGAGAGAGAGAGAGA